AUGGCAAGGGGAAAGAGAAAGGGAUCAAAAGAUACAAUAAUGGAGGCCGGCAAGUUGCACAUAAUGAUGUUCCCAUGGUUGGCAUUCGGUCACAUUAUUCCAUACUUGGAGCUCGCCAAGCUCAUCGCCGGCAAGGGCCAUCGCAUCUCCUUCAUCUCCACUCCCGGAACAUCGACCGCCUUCCCGAACUCCCCCAGAUCUCUCUCCCCUCAUCACACUCAUCAAGCUUCCUCUUCCACCUCAUGCCAAUCUCCCCAAGGUGCCGAGUCCACCACCGACAUCUCCUACGACAAGGUCAAGCACCUCAAGAUCUCCUACGACGGCCUCCGAGAACCCUUUGCUCAGCUUCUCCGAUCGUCCUCUCCCGACUGGUUGUUCUUUGAUUUUACUUCUUACUGGGUACCGACCGUCGCCGCCGAGAUUAGUAUCCCCACAGCAUUCUUUUUCAUAUUCAACGCUGCUUUCUCCGCGUUUUUGGGACCUGUCCCUGUGCUGAUGGGAACUGAAGAUUACCGCACCAAACCAGAGGAUUUCACUGUCGCGCCCAAGUGGAUUCCUUUUAAAUCAACUCUAAGGUAUUUGCCCUUUGAGAUCGCACGCAUUUUCAACGACAGUGUCUCAGGGAAUGACGAAAAUAUUUCGGAUAUUUUUCGCAUUGGAGCCGCCAUUAAGGGAUGUGACCUGGUGCUCCUCAAGAGCUGUUCCGAGUUUGAACCCGAAUGGUUUAAUCUCCUGGAAGAGCUUCACCAGAAACCGGUAAUUCCAACGGGGUUGCUUCCUGUCACGCCGGAUGACGGCAGCGACGGUGGCGUUGGGUGGAGGGAGAUCAAAGAGUGGCUUGAUGAGCAGGGGAAAGGGUCAGUGGUGUACGUCGCAUUCGGCAGCGAGGCAAAACUAAGUCAGGACGAGCUCACCCAGAUCGCGAAUGGCUUGGAGUUAUCCGGGUUACCAUUCUUUUGGGUGCUGAAGAAGCUAUCUGGAUUAGGCGAUGGAGAUGAGCAAAUCGAGCUCCCAGAUGGGUUGGAAGAGAGAACAAAGGACGAGGAAUGGUGUGGACGAGCUGGGCGCCUCAACCCAAGAUACUAA